AUGCCUCUGUCCAAGCGCGUCGACCGCCUCUACGGCGUGGGUGACGGCCGCACUGUCGUCCUCGCCGUCGACACGUGCAAGGGUUGCAUAUCCGCGUUUGAAGAUCUCCUCGCUACAGGCUACAAGUCCACCUCGUUCCUCGGUACGCACGAGAAUCCCGCCGCGCGGGGAGAGUUCCGCCUAUCCCCCGCGGACCGCCUAAUCGUCGUCUUUCACCGCGGGCAUCACCUUCCUUCUCCGCUGCUGCUCCGCCGCUCGCGGAGCGACGUCGCCGCGCAGCACCAGCAGCUGCUAACAAUGCUUCCGCCGCUCACUUCCCCUCAUCUCCCACCGACCGCGCAGCCGUCCCCGCACCAAGCCUCCCCGCAAAAAACGACCGCGGCGAUGUUCUCAUUCCUUACAAGUCCCCGCACGCGGUCAGGCACGUCAAGCCAGCAGCAUCAGCCGCACCAGAAGGCACAGGGCCAAUGGCCGCGGUCUUUAUCAGGUAGCCAGCAGCAACAGCAGCAGGAACGGCAGCACCAGCAGCAGGUGCAGAAUCUGCAUGCGCCGAAUCACUGGCCCAGGUCGCGUUCAGAGGCGGGAGCAGGAGCAGCAGCAGGAACCGCAAUGGCGGACGGAAAUUCACCCCCCCCUGCUGUCGAUCACCCUGCGGCAGCACAUAGCCAGCAGCUCGCCACGUCGACCGACAGCAAGGCUGACGUGGAAACCGUGGUUGUGGUCCCAUCUACGCCUGCUAAAGAGCCUAUCACGGACGACCGCGUCAUCCAUCACAGCGCAGCAGAUGAAGUCAACAAGGCGGUGGCGAAAAUGCAAUCUGGAGGAGAGAACAAGUAUGCCGUCAUUAUCGACGCCGGAAGCACUGGGAGCCGGAUCCACGUGUACCAGUUCAACCCCAAUCUCGAACUGAUGGAGAUCGGCGAUGACUUGGAGUUGUUUGUUGCGCUCAAGCCAGGUCUGAGCUCGUUCCGCGAAAACGCCAAAGGAGCGGCGGACUCGCUCCGUCCGCUUAUCGACAAGGCGCUCACCGUCGUCCCUGAGGAAGUCCGCUCCACCACGCCCAUCCGCGUCGGAGCAACGGCUGGUCUGCGCCUUCUCCCUGGUGACCUCGCUGACAACAUUCUCCAAGCCGUCCGGGAGAUGCUCAAGGAGUACCCCUUCACCUUCGCUGCCGAUUCCGUCAAGAUCCUUGAUGGCGCCGACGAGGGUUCCUUCGCGUGGGUAACUGUGAACUACCUCCUGGGCAAUCUCGGCAAGGACAUCAGCCACACAGUGGGGGUGGUGGAUCUGGGCGGCGGGUCCGUGCAGAUGACGUACGCGGUGCCUGAUGACGUGGCAGCGAAGGCGCCCGAGGGUUACGUUCGGAGGCUGAGCGGAAUGGGCAAGACGUACGGGGUUUACGUGCACAGCUACCUGGGCUUCGGACUGAUGGCAGCGCGCGCUCAGGUGCUCAAGGCGAAGCCACCAGGCAGCGAGGGACAUGCAUGCUUACCCAAGGGCACUGACGACAAGUACGUGUAUGGCACAGAGGAGGUCCAGGCACAUGCGCUGCCGACGGGAGGGAGUGCAGCGGAGUGUGCACUGAUCGCAGCAAAGGCGUUGGAACUGGGAGGGGCCCUUGCUGGCGACCCUGCUCCGUCGUGCUCCUUCGAGGAGUGCACAUUUGGAGGGGUGUGGAGUGGUGGUCGGGGUCAGGGCGCGUCGAAGCUCUUCAUUGCGUCGUACUUCUUUGACCGGGCUGGCCAGGGUGCAUCCAAGCUCUUCAUUGCCUCGUACUUCUUUGACCAGGCUGGCCAGGGGUGUGGGAGAGGGGGUCGGGGCGAGGGUGCUUCCAAGCUCUUCAUUGCUUCAUACUUCUUUGACCAGGUGGGUCAGCUUGGCGUUAUUCCCGACCCCAAGGCGUCAUCAGCUCCUGUCAAGGCAAAGGACUUCGCAGCGGUAGCUGAGGCUGCCUGUGCUACACCCUUGGAGGAAGUCACAAAGAAGUUUCCUGCGGUGGAGGGCAAGGACGCUCCAUACAUGUGCCUGGACGUGGUGUACCAGCACAAGCUGCUCACCCAUGGCUUCAGAAUUGAUGAUGCAGCAGAACUUACGCUGGUGAAGCAGGUCACGUACAAAGGCAAGGAUGUCGAGGCAGCUUGGCCACUUGGUGCUGCCAUUGAUGCUAUUUCGUCUUAG